GUAACGGCGUAUCUCGCCGACUUCGCGUUACUCCAGUCGGCUGUCGCCAUGCGUCUCCCGCCCGUCCGCUUCCUGCCGUCGAGCGCGUCGCCGGCGGUGGUGGCGGCGAACGCGCGCAUAGCCCGGCUUGCGCGGGCGGGGAACAUAGAAGGCGCGCGGGCGGCCUUCGAGGCCAUGCCCCUCCGCACCACCGCCUCCUACAACGCCCUCCUCGCCGGCUACUUCCGCAACCGCCUGCCCGACGCGGCCCUCGGCCUCUUCCGCCGCAUGCCCUCCCGCGACCUCGCCUCCUACAACGCACUCAUAUCGGGCCUCUCCCUCCGCCGCCAGACGCUCCCCGACGCCGCCGCCGCGCUCACCUCCAUCCCCUUCCCGCCCUCGGUCGUAUCCUUCACCUCCCUCCUCCGUGGGUACGUGCGCCACGGCCUCCUGGCCGGCGCCGUCCGCUUGUUCCAACAGAUGCCGGAGCGCAACCAUGUCUCUUACACUGUGCUGCUCGGUGGCCUACUCGAUGCCGGCCGUGUCAAUGAGGCUCGCAGGCUGUUCGACGAAAUGCCUGACAAGGAUGUCGUUGCGCGGACAGCCAUGCUAUCUGGGUACUGCCAGGCUGGUCGGGUCGCAGAAGCGCGCGAUCUGUUUGAUGAAAUGCCAAAGAGGAAUGUUGUGUCAUGGACGGCAAUGAUUUCUGGAUAUGCUCAAAACGGUAAGGUGAACCUCGCAAGGAAGCUGUUCGAGGUGAUGCCUGAGCGCAACGAGGUAUCAUGGACUGCAAUGUUAGUUGGGUACAUCCAAGCUGGCCAUAUCGAGGAUGCUGAGGAGCUGUUCAAUGCAAUGCCAGAGCAUCCAGUGGCCGCCUGCAAUUUCAUGAUGGUUGGAUUCGGUCAGCGUGGAAUGGUGGAUGCUUCCAAGGCAGUGUUCGAGAAAAUGCAAGAGAGAGAUGAUGGGACGUGGAGUGCCAUGAUUAAAGCGUAUGAGCAGAACGAAUUCUUGAUGGAAGCACUAUCUACCUUCCGUGAGAUGUUGUGGAGAGGUGUCCGCCCAAACUACCCAUCGGUCAUCAGCAUCCUUACAGUGUGUGCAGCACUGGCUGUUCUUGAUUAUGGUAGGGAGGUUCAUGCUGGGAUGCUGAGGUGCUCCUUUGACAUGGACGUCUUUGCUGUGUCAGCAUUGAUCACAAUGUAUAUAAAAUGUGGAAAUCUGGAUAAGGCCAAGAGGGUCUUUCACAUGUUUGAGCCAAAAGAUGUUGUGAUGUGGAACUCCAUGAUCACUGGUUAUGCUCAACAUGGACUGGGGGAGGAAGCACUUGGCAUUUUUCAUGAUAUGAGGUUGUCAGGAAUGGUGCCUGAUGGAAUUACUUAUAUAGGAGCCCUCACAGCUUGUAGCUAUACUGGUAAAGUUAAAGAAGGGAGGGACAUUUUUAAUUCUAUGACUAUGAAUUGUGCCAUCCAACCUGGAGCUGAGCAUUAUUCUUGUAUGGUUGACUUACUUGGUCGAGCAGGCCUUGUGGAGGAAGCAUUGGAUUUGAUAAAUAAUAUGCCAGUUGAACCAGAUGCUGUCAUCUGGGGAGCUUUGAUGGGUGCUUGUAGGAUGCACAGGAAUGCUGAGAUCGCUGAGCUUGCUGCCAACAAGCUAUUAGAGCUAGAACCUGGGAAUGCUGGACCAUAUGUCUUGCUCUCUCACAUUUAUACAUCCAUCGGGAGGUGGGAUGAUGCUUCUAAGAUGCGGAAGUUCAUUAGCUCAAGGAAUUUGAACAAGUCACCAGGCUGUAGUUGGAUAGAGUAUGACAAGAGGGUGCAUCUCUUCACAUCCGGUGAUGUAUUAGCACAUCCAGAACAUGCCACUAUUCUUAAGAUCUUAGAGAAGCUGGAUGGGUUAUUGAUGGAGUCUGGUUACUCAGCUGAUGGAAGCUUUGUGCUUCAUGAUAUAGAUGAGGAACAAAAGGCUCAUAGCUUGCGCUAUCAUAGUGAGAGACAGGCUGUGGCAUAUGGACUAUUGAAAAUCCCUGAAGGAAUGCCCAUUCGUGUCAUGAAAAACCUCAGGGUUUGUGGUGACUGCCAUUCCGCAAUAAAGUUGAUUGCAAAGAUAACUGCUAGGGAAAUCAUACUGAGAGAUGCUAAUAGAUUCCAUCAUUUCAAAGAUGGGUUUUGCUCAUGCAGGGACUAUUGGUGAGAUGAAUGUCUGGCCUUUUCCUUGGCACCUUCUCUUUUGAUGAUCCUUGCACUUGGCUGCUACUCUGAGGGACAUCAUCUUAGAGGUUUGAGUUUUGCUGAACUAGAGUCUGGGAAAGCUGCUAUCCUCAGAUGAAAACAUACGGUCAAAUCAUUUUCUGGUACAAGAUUUACUGUUUUUUCAAGAGGAGCAUUUUACGUUGAAUCGAAAUCCCCAAAAGAAUGGUACAAGGCAGUUGAUCAUAAAUUUACUCAUUGGUACUGAGUUCGGAAGCUAUUCCUUCAAUUUUGGAACAAUCAUGUGGAUGAUUUGAUUGGUUAUCUAUCAAGGCUCAACAGUAAAACGACGGGGCCACAGAAGAUGAAGGAGAGUGCCGAGAAGAUUCCACUUAUUCUAGAUUAAAAGCUGCUCAGGACCAGGUAUGCCGAGCACGAUAUUUGGAACAGUUGGCCAAGAGCACAUUUGCUCAACAGUAAGCAGGUACCUAAUAGCUUUCUUCCAUAAUAUGGGAUUGCAUUACUUUCUAUCUGUCUGCAUCAAUACUAACCAUACUAACCAACUCUAGAUUUAUUCCUUGUAUUGUUACAG